CCAUGCUGAGCGGGGGGCGGGGCUGGCUGGCUGAGGGUGGCCCCCAGGCGGGGCCAUGCAGAGGAAGGAGCCUCUGGGGGCUGCUGGCGGCCUCAAAGGGGAAUCUCCCGAAGGAGCAACCAGGGAGGUGCCCGGAGAGAUCCGAAGGGCCGAGGCGGGCGCCGGGCUGCCCCCGGGAACAGUCCUGUUUCACGGCUCUGGGCCCUCACAGUAUUCCGGGAGACUCGGAACUCGCAGUACUGCUUUGAGCCGGCCCUCCGGGGGCUUCGCGGUCCUCGGCUCGGGACCCAGCCAGCCCCCUGGAGGGGUUUCAGGCCACGGCCUUGGGUCCGGCACAUACCCUGCCAUAAUCAACACCCCCUGCCCUGGAACCAGCUUAUCCGGGGCGUCCAACCCCGGGUCCGGCGGGUCUGAAGCGUCUACAUCGCGGGUCUACAUCGAGGGGUGUAGUCCGCACACCGGGUCAAUUUGUUCGCACUCCCACAGCACCCAUGAAGACCGGCCCCGGAGCAUCCUCAAAAACAACAACAGCUGCAUCUUGAUGCAGAAACGUUCCAAUGUGGAGAAGUCUGACUCCACCUCCAACCCCCUACACUGUCCAUACCGUGCCUGGAACUACAAGGGGGUGCAACGAAAGUUUUUUGAAAGAGGAAAGACUCUGAGAAGGGGAUCACUAGAACGUUUCCUCCCUGCUCCCAGGAAAAAGGCCCAGCGCUGGGAUGAGAUGAAUAUCAUGGCCACCUACCACCCUGCUGGCAAGGACUACGGGCUUAUGAAGGUGGAUGAGCCCAGCACUCCCUACCACAGGCUGCAGGACUGUGAUGACGACAUGCAUGCAGGCUCCUCCCACACGGUGACUCCCCAGGCACUGGCAGACAGGCUGGCAACAAUGGACAACUUCCACCCCAAGGUUCUCCAGAACAGUGAUACCAGAUUCUCAGAGUCUCUAGACAUCUUUUCCAAGACAUACUCCAGUGAUUUUGAACAGCACCGCAGGACACACUAUGAUGAAGGGAAGUUCCUCAGGACUCCAAAAACCCUGCCCUUGGACGAUGAGGGACACUGCUACGGAGGUAGUGCUGGUGUCAGCAGUGGAGGCCAAGGUGUGAUGCUGGACCCAGAGUCCAGGCCUGUGGAAAGAGGCAGUAAACGAGGAUCAGCCAGAGGAGUCAAAGAUGAGACUGGCUUGGUGACCAGGAGUCACGUUCCAGAAGCCAAAGCUGCCCACGCCAAUGGAAAUCAUCCUCCAGCCCCGACCCCCACUAAGUUGGAGAAGGAGUUUGAUCGGCAGCGCAAGGAAUAUCACAGCAUGGGAAGAUACCUUCGGUCCUGCUCCUACCCGGAGACUGAGGAGGACACAGAUAAUGAGCAACAGGAGAGUAAGGGCUUCUCCACAAGCUUGCCCUUGGUGGUUGAGAAUCCCAUGAGGACUGAGGUCCGCCUGCUGGACCACACAGGAAGCCCCUUCCUGGAGCACAAGGCUGAGAGCUCCCUGACGCUGACAGCGACACCAUCACAGCCUGGUACCCCCCUGCCCGGCAGUCUCCAAGUGAUGUCUGGUUGGUGUCAGUGGCUGGUGACCAAGAGGCCAGGCUGUCAAAACCCGGCAGGCUCAGAGAGGGAAUCUGUAAACAACCAAAGCCCCUCACGCCAGAGCGAGCGCAGACGUGAGCCUCAGCAGGGGCAGGGGUGCUUGCACUGGCCAGGAAGAUGAAACCCUGCAGCUUCGAUGGAGCUCGGAGGAGGAAACCAGACAGUGGAAAACAUAGCCAGCUGGGGGUGGGGUGGGGUCACCUUCCCCUGCCCUCCCACCCUAGGGGUGGACAAUAAAGAGAGACGAGCA